GCCUGGCCUGUGUUCAACCAAGACAUUGACGACAGCCGCAAGAUGUCAUCCUCUUGGUCCCAUCUCAUCCGUUUCAUUGCUGAAGAGGAUGGCCUGAUUCAUAUUGGUCAGGUCGAUUCUGAAAAAUUUCCUGACGUUGGAUUAGCAACAUUGCGAGGCGACAAACUCUCUGCCCGGCUCAUCAACGGGAGCAUUUUUGAUGGUGUUGUCACGAACAAAACCUUCCAUGUUACGAAGCUCUUGUCACCGCUCAGUAUAGACGAAAUCCCUAUUAUCCGCUGCAUGGGGCUCAACUACCGCGACCAUGCACGAGAGGCCAAUAUGCCCAUUCCGAAUGUGCCAGUUCUCUUCAUAAAGCCUCGAACGGCUUUGAACGGACCUUUCCCAGCCAAGAUUUCCAUUCCAGGAUUUUUUCAAGAUGGAACCACUGACUAUGAAGCUGAGCUUUCCUUUGUUAUCUCGAAGACGGGGAGGGACAUUUCCGAGGAGGAAGCCUUGAACUAUGUCUUAGGAUACACCGCUAGCAAUGAUGUGAGCGCUAGAGGACAGCAAUUUAAAAAUAGCCAGUGGUGUUUUUCAAAAGGUUUUGAUGCAUCUUGUCCUCUAGGGCCGGUCCUGGUCUCAUCCGCCGCCAUUGGCGACCCGCAUAACCUCCGAAUCAAGGCUAUCUAUAACGGACAAACGGUACAACACUCGAACACGAGAGAAAUGAUAUUUACUAUCCCCCAGAUUGUGUCAUUUCUCUCACGAGGUACUACCCUUGAGCGGGGAACCAUCGUGAUGACUGGCACAGGACCUGGUAUUGGAGCUAUGCGCAAUCCCAAGGUGGUGUUGGACCACGGCGACAAUAUUCGGGUGGAGGUUGAGAAAAUCGGAACUUUGAUCAACGAAGUAUAUUACGAAUGA